AGAGGGCUAAAGCGUGCACAUAUUUUUUAUGCGUUCCAGAAUGAAACGCAAAGCGUCAUUUCCGGAUACGACCUAUAUUGGAAGCGCUCGGUUUGAGAAAUUUGCUUGCUGAGUAUAGACAAUAAAGAAGGAUCGUAUACUAGAGGUUUUUAGUGGAUACUUUUAUCGACCAUGUCCUCCUGCUUUUCGUAGUGUGGUAAUUAGUGAUCCAGGCCAAUGGGUAGUUCGUGUAAUAUUAAAACUAAAGGAGGGUUAUGAUGAACCAGUUCCUGACCAGUUUGAGGUUAUGAGUGGGAAACAGAAAACACUUUUUCAGACGUGGGGAACGAACCAACCCCCGGAACCCAGGAAGACCAAGGAAAUUAAGCCUAGAAAAGGAAAAACCAAUGGAGUUGGUCGUGGGAAACAGUCAGUGUCUCGAGGGGUUCUACACAGGCCGCUUGUACCAGUUAGGCAACAACCACCUACGACCUGUCAAGAGGAGGAGGAUGAUGAUGAUGUAAUGGUGGUUGCUGUAUAUGAGGCAGAGAAAACAUUUAACCAAACCCUUCAGGCAGAAGGUCUCCAGCGGAAUGACAGGCAUAAUGCCCACUCAGUGCAAGGCAAGCUAUGGGAUGAACUGGGAAAAACAUCUUCCCCUGUUGUUGUUGACUUACCUGGAACUUCAUGCCAAUUACAGGGAGACCAAAGGGGCAACACCAGCAAUGAAUGUAGAACUCUUGGAAGCUCUAAAUAUUUGCCUACCACUCAUGAGCAUCAGGACAUGGAAAGUGAAUGUCAACCAAAAGCCACUAGUAUUGAUAACCUGCCUGGUUUUGAUCUGGCAGCUGGUAGUUUGUGGAUCUAUCCAACUAAUUAUCCACUACGAGACUAUCAGUUUAAUAUAUCUUACACGGCUUUGCUGCAAAACACCCUCGUGUGUCUGCCCACUGGGCUGGGUAAAACCUUCAUAGCUGCUGUGGUGAUGUACAACUUCUACCGUUGGUAUCCUUCUGGCAAGAUUGUCUUCAUGGCUCCUACCAAGCCUCUGGUGGCCCAGCAGAUUGAAGCCUGCUUUAGAGUUAUGGGGAUUCCACAGGGCCAUAUGGCAGAAAUGACAGGAAGCACCCAGGCCCAGAAUCGUAAAAACAUUUGGGAAACGCACAGAGUCUUUUUUCUUACACCCCAGGUUAUGGUGAAUGAUCUUACACGUGGUGCUUGUCCUGCUUUGGAAAUCAAAUGUCUGGUUAUUGAUGAGGCACAUAAAGCUCUUGGUAACCAUGCUUAUUGUCAAGUUGUAAGAGAAUUGACCAACUAUACAAACCAGUUCCGUAUUCUUGCUCUGAGUGCCACACCAGGGGGUGAUACUAAGUCCGUGCAACAGGUGGUGUCCAACUUGUUGAUUUCACAAAUAGAACUGAGGUCAGAGGAUUCUUCUGAUAUCCAGCCCUACAGUCAUGCAAGGCAGCUUGAGAAGUUUGUUGUGCCACUUGGUGAGGAACUUGAGUCUGUGCAGAAAACCUACCUACAGGGAGCUCAGCAGGGGGUGAUAGAAGGAGAUUAUGCUCUCUGUAUAAGUUUAUACCAUGGUUAUGAACUGCUCUUACAAAUGGGAACUCGCUCUUUAUACUCUUAUCUUCAUGGAAUAAUCGAUGGCUCCAAAGGCAUGACCCGUGCACGGAAUGAGCUUAGCCGCAAUGGAGACUUCAUGGAACUAUAUAAGCAGCUGGAGAAGAUGUUUUCUGACACUAAGGUUGCAGAAGGAAAUGGAAGUCUUCUUUUCAACUCAAGUCUAAGAGCAGAUGCCAAAAAGCCAUUUUUGUAUAGCCACCCAAAGUUAAAAAAACUAGAAGAAGUUGUUGUGCAGCAUUUUAAAUCUUGGAAAAAUGGAGAUCAAAACUCUUCUAACCAGACUCCUGAAGGCACUCGGAUUAUGAUUUUCUCAUCAUUUCGAGACAGUGUUCAAGAGAUUGCAGAAAUGCUUAAUCAUCACCACCCUACUGUAAGGGUGAUGACAUUCGUAGGCCAUUCAUCUGCUGGUAAAGGAGUCAAGGGUUUCACACAGAAGGAGCAGCUUGAGGUAGUUAAACGAUUUCGUGAGGGUGGUUUUAACACUUUGGUCUCCACGUGUGUAGGGGAAGAAGGACUUGAUAUAGGAGAAGUGGAUCUUAUCAUAUGUUUUGAUGCCCAGAAGAGUCCAAUUCGUCUAGUUCAAAGAAUGGGCCGCACUGGGAGGAAACGUCAAGGCCGGAUAGUUGUGAUACUUUGCCAGGGACGGGAGGAGAGGACUUAUAACCAGAGCCAAAGCAAUAAACGGAGCAUCUACAAAGCCAUUUUAGGCAAUAACAAAAUGUUACAUCUCCAUCCUCAAAGCCCUCGAAUGGUUCCAGAGGGUUUGAACCCCAAAGUGCAUAAGAUGUUCAUCACACAAGGGAAUUAUGAAGCCAAAGAGAGCAUUCGGCCAAUGAACGAAGACAGGCGCUCAAGUACAAAGCAUCGUAAAUCCUCAUUGUUGUCUAAUGCAUCUGAUACCAUAAAAGAAGAGUGGGAACUGACCCAUGCUGAAUUUGAUACCUGGAACAGAAUGUACCGGCUGCAAGAGUCUGAUGGAAUAAUGGAUGUGAGAUUGCCUAAAUCUCAAUUUGAGUACUUUAUAGAUGCAGAACCAAGCACGGAACGCCCAUCUGGAAAUAUACGUGAGCUCUCUCUAACUGAAUGGAGAGUCUGGCAAAACCAACCCUUCCCUACCCACUCAGUUGAUCACUCAGACAGAUGCAAAAACUUCAUAGACGUAAUGGAGAUGAUUGAGCUGAUGAGAAUGGAGGAGGGUGGUUGCAACUACGAUUUGGAAAUGAUGUCUUACUUGAACAAAGAAGAUGUUGACGCAACAAUCACAAGAGCUAAUCUCAAUGUUUCAGGCAAUAACACUAAAGUCGCUGAUAAGUUAACUCAUCGCAAAAGAGGGAAAAGCUGUAAAACUACAACUUUACCUUUAGUUCUUGAGCCUGAUGAGGAUUUUAUGUCUUCAUUUAAGAAGAACACAAAAUCACGUUCCACAGACUUUGCAUCAGAAGAUUCUAAGAUCCAUGUUCAAGGAACAGAGGAAAGUGGCAGUACAGAGUUAGAACAUGUGUUUUGCUUAGGUGAAGAUAUGCCUGAUAAAGAAUGUUUAUUCAGUGAUAUUUGCACUAAAAGCAAUGAUUCCACGUCUAAUGCUGUAACCAAUAAUCAAUCAGGUUCUGACCAUGUGUUACUAAGUGAUUCUGAAAAUGCAGUAGCAAAAUCCCAGAUUAAUGCAGCUGCCAAAGCGGAUUCCGGCUACCAUAGUUGUAAUGAAGAGCCUUCUUCUAUUUUAUCAAACUUGUUUUACACCCCACAGACAUUUAUUAAUCAUGGUGUGUUUGCAGAAUUCGUAGACCAUAAGAUGUGUGAGCUAAAGAAAAUGUUAUCAGAUAUAAAAAUAUUUUUGUUACAUUCCCCACCCCCAAUAAAUGAACUUGAUUGUUUGGACGAUUAUAAGGAAGAUUCUGAUUUUUCCCAUCAUUCUUGCCGAUCUGGUCCUGUAAAAGAAAAAAGAGAAGAUCUCUUGCUACGGCCACUAACACCUAUACCUGUAACAAUCAAUUCAAGGGAAAUGCAGGCUGACAGUAAUUACAAGAAACAGCUUGACCACGUAGCUGACAAACUAUUUCGAGAGCGGGAAAAAGAUGACGUGCUUUUUAGGGAGAAUCUUUCACAACACAUUGAUGCUAUAAAGAACAAAGAGCACAUUGAUGCUCUAAAAGUAGAUGGUGAAGCAGCACAUUCACCAGAUCAUAAUGUAAGAUUUGAAGAUGCUUCAGAACCCAGUACCUCCAAAGAUUUACAAGAUGGUAGGAAAGAAAAUGACGAUCAGUGGGAUGAAAUGUUUGAUUAUGAAAGCCAAGAUAAAGAAAAUGAAAAUUUCGCUUCUCAAGUUAACAUGGGUGACACUGAAGGUUCAUAUGCAAAGAAUGAGAACCAUAACAUCAAUUCUGUGCCUUCUUUCUUGGAGGACAGCUUUGAUUUGUUUGAAGAGGAUGGAUUUUCUGAUAAUGCCGACUAUGGGCAGUUUGAUUUGAACCAUGAAAGCAAAGAUAAGCCACCUGAUGAUGCUAACACAACUGUAAGCUUCAACAUGUUCGAUCCAUCUCUGUUGCUUCAAGACCAAGUACAAACUGAGAGAGAACCAGAAACAAACAAUGAUAUUAGAUCAGAGAAUUUAGAAGAAGAACUUGAUUGCUCUGAGGAACUCUUUUCUGUAAAUUUUGAUCUAGGGUUUUCUAUUGAAGAUGAUGAACUUUCAGAAAGUGAUAGUAUCAUUGAGACCCCUUCUAAGGAUUUCAAAGUCCCAAACCCCCUCAAAAGGAAUGACAUGACUGCCAUUGGAUGUAAUGCUAUUUCAACACCUGUGAUGUCUGGUAAAAUUCACACUACAUUUUCAGCAGUAGCUGAAAAGCAAAUUCAGUUCUUUUCACCACUGGAACCAGUUAAAGGAAAAUUCUCAUUAACGCCUGAAAAGUCAUUGUGCUCCUCAUCAUUUUUGACACCACUUGAGGAAAAGUUCAAAAGUCCCCACAUGUCUUCAGAUAAUAAGCAUGACUGUGACUUGGGUAGACCACAAACCUCCAAAGCAAGAGAACAGAGCAUAUAUUCUGCAACCAAUGUCAGUGUUCAUGAUGGCAGUGCUGUCCAAGAAAAUAGAAGACAGACACCUCCAAGUUCAGAGCACUCAUGUAUAGAGAGCAGCCUGGAAAGUGAAGACAACAUUGUUUUCUGUCGGAAAAGAAAAUUGACAAAGGCCAACGUCCUUAUGUCGCCACAGACUGCAAGCAGCGACUGUGAUUUUGACUCACCAAUUCCCAAUGCCAAGAAGCGCAGACACGUGUUAAACACACCUGGCUCAAGUGAGGAGGAAGAAGAGAAGGAUUUCAAGUCAAGACAUUCCACCGUUCAGGAGAAAUCUGCUGCCCUUUCUAGAAAAUCAUAUCAGGACAGAGCAGUAGCGCUAUCAAAAAAGAGAAAGCGAUCAAAGCAAACAGCAAGGCACUUUCUAGACGAAGAAGCCGAACUUUCCUCCGAAGGAGCAGAGUUUGUUUCCUCCGAUGAGAAUGUUCAUUCCGAUAAUGAACAGGACACGUCGCUUGCUGAGUUUUUAAAUGAUGACACUCAGCUUUCACAGGUCCUGAAUGACUCAGAGAUGCAGGGAGUAUACCUGAAGUCCGUGCGUAGCCCCGCUUUUGGUGGUCGUUUUAAAAUGGCACCCAGGAAGAGGAAACAUAACAUGUCUAUUUUUUCACAGAUACCAGAGCAAGAUGAGAGCUACAUGGAAGACAGCUUCUGUGUUCAAGAAGAAGAAGAUGAUGAUGAUAAGGCAAAUGACUUGGAAUCUAGCGAGGAAGAAGUGGAAAUUAACUUUGACCUCCUAAAAGAUGACAGCAUAAUUGGUGGUAAAAAACAGUACUGUACAAGGAGGAGAUUGAAGCUCAAGGAAGCACAAUCAAGACAUCCUAGUGAUACACAACCUGCCAAAAAGAAAACAAGGCUUAUUAUUCAGGAUGACUCUAGUGAAGAAGAGACAGGAGCAACAUCUAAACUGAAGGAUACUUCUCAUCCUCAAAAGACUUUUCCUUCCUCUAAACCAUCUUUGGGUAACACUUCUUCUAGGAACCAAGGUGCUCCCACGCUUAUUAGGAAUGAAUAUGAUCUACCUCUGCGGGACCGAUGCCAAGCAAGGAUUAAUAUCAAGGCCUCGCUUUCUGAGGAACUAGAUUUUCAGGCAGCAAGUAAAAGUAGUAGUAGCACUAAAUCAAGAACAUCAAGCGGGAUUGUCCACUCUGAGAGAAAGGGAGAAGUCAGUACUGGAGUGGUUAACUUUGACUUGACCCUGGAUAGUUCUGUAACAAAUCUCUCCUUUCCAAGGACUGAUGAAGUAUCUGCUCCUACACCAAUCAGGACAACUCCAUGCAUUCUUGCUGACACCCGGGAAAUCUCCUCUGGGCCCGAGGUCAUCUCCUACCUAAGGACAGCUCUUGGGGUGAAAGUGGAGGUGUGCUCUCUUGCUGGAUGUGAUUAUAUUGUCAGCAAUCGCUUAGCAGUGGAGCGCAAGUCACAGUCUGAAUUUGCAAACGCUGCCAACAGGAACAAACUGGUGGAUCGGAUCCAGCACUUGCAACAUUUGUUCGAUAGGGUUUGUGUUGUUAUAGAGAAGGACCGAGUCAAACCAGGUGAAACGUCAAGGAUAUUUCAGAGAACAAGAUAUUACGACAGCACAUUGUCUGCAUUAAUCAGUGCUGGUGUCCAGGUUCUGUUCAGUUCCAGCCAGGCAGAGACAGCGAGUUUACUAAAGGAGCUGGCAUUAUUAGAGCAGAGAAAGAACACUGCCAUUGAUGUGCCAACGGAGGUGAAAGGGCACAAACAGGAGGCAAUGCAGUUCUAUCUGUCAAUACCAAACGUCAGCUACAUCACCGCACUCAACUUGUGUCACCACUUUGACUCAGUCGCACAGAUGGCCAAUAGCUCUGUGCAAGUCAUCUCUGACCGGGCCCACAUGAGUGCUCAGAAAGCAGAGGAACUCUAUCGCUAUGUACAUUACAUGUUUGAAGAGGAGAUGGUGCCGCCGGAGAACCCCACUAAGCGAAGCAGAGUCUCUUAACACAAUUCAGGGACUUUUCCACUGUGCUUUUGUAUGUGUUUUUUUUGUUUUUUUCAUUCCAAGCCACUUCAGAGGAAAUGCACUUUGUCAUUUUGCUGUAAAAUAUGUAAAUACAUGUUUAUUCUAUUAAAGUGAUAAUUUCAUUGAAA